CCUGUUAGGUUGAAUAGUACCUCUAGAACAACACGUUUUCGUCCCAUUCAUUUAGAUCUUGUUGGUUUGUGGUGGGCCAUGCAUGUAUGUCGGAGUUGGCUUUAACAUUCGAGGUGCUGACUACGCUGUGGUGUGAUCAUGUCUGGGGCGUUAGCAAGGGUACUGUUUUAUCCCACAUUAGCGUACAAUGUUGUCAUGGAAAAAGUAUCCUCAAGACGGUGGUUCAAUCGCGUGGAUCAGACUGUCAUUCUAGGAGCCCUGCCUUUCAAAUCAAUGACUAAGGAGCUGGUGCAGACAGAAAAUGUCAGGGGGGUAAUAACCAUGAACGAGGAAUAUGAAACAAAGUACUUCUGCAACUCAGCUGAGGAGUGGAAAGCCGAGGGGGUGGAGCAGCUGCGACUCAGCACAGUGGAUCUGACCGGUGUGCCCAGUCUAGAGAACCUGCACAGAGGAGUGGAGUUUGCACUCAGUCACCGGGAAAAGGGCUCCAGUGUGUAUGUCCACUGUAAGGCUGGACGCUGUCGCAGUGCUACACUAGCUGCUGCAUACAUCAUAAGGAUACACUGCUGGAGUCCAGAGGAAGCGUGUCAGAUGUUGGCCUCUGUCCGACCACAUGUAAUAAUUCGUUCAUCACAGCUGGAGAUGCUUCGGCGGUACCAUCAGCAAGUCUGUGGCGGAGGUUCCAUUUAAGAGUGAGGCUGCCAGCAUACUUAUUGCACUUAUACAGAAACUGUAAAUUUAGCGUUGUCAAGAUGAACAAUAUGCUGCUUGAAGGGAUUUUUGACCUUGAGCUCAUUCUUUUACAUAGUUUUGUUACUCAACUGGAUCAAGUGUAUAUUGUAUAAUUCUCAAAUGUUGUAUAAUUCAAGUGUCAUCACAGCUCAUCAGAACAUGGGGUAUAAUAAAUUGCCAUCCCAAUCAAAGUACUGACAGGUGGGUGAAGGGGGUGUAUUUAAAAGCAUGUUUCUACGGAUUUUUUUUCUUCCUUAAUUAGGACAUUUGAUUACAAUUUCUAUGUUAAGAAAAUUAGUGAUAUUUUCAUUGGUACUAAUUUCACUGAUCGUUUGAUAGUAUUCUAUAUGGGUUGUAAAAACAUAUUGGAAAAUAAUUAUCUUAUUAUAAAAGGAUAGCUAUUGAAACAUAAUCCAAUGAAACAUAACUGGAGUGAACACGGGGCCUAAUUGUCUGGAAAGCCCAGGUUGAAAUGAGCGUUUGAAUCAGGAAAGGUUACUCUCACGACCUCUACAAACCAUGUUGAAUAAAGUGAUAUGCUAAUGUACUUUA